AUGCAUCAUCUAGUUUAUAGCGCUUUUGACGAGCAACGAAUACAAUUAAAAACACUAAAAAAACAGCUCAAGGCAUGGGAGCAUCAGUUUUUGAAUGAAAAUGGAAGAAAGCCGGAUAAGCAAGAUAUUGCCGGAUUUGAAGAUAUGGCCAAAAAAUACAAAUACUAUGCCAAACUCAAGGUGGCAAUGGACAAAGUCGAUGCACAGCGUAUAGCAGAAGAAAAUCAAAUCACCAAAACUGUUUCGGCCGCAGAUAUGGUGCAGUUUGCUUCAAACGCAUCUAUACCAACCCUUGAUCAAGCAGCACAAAAUGUAAACGAGAAACCCCGAUUGGAUACGAGUCAGUAUCACCGUGACUCUAUCAGAUCCGCAACAUCAAAUGCUUUUCAGGAACUAUCCAGCAGCAGACAAACAAUGGAUCAAUCUAAUCCAGAUAUUGCUGCAAGAUCGCCAGUCAAAGCAUCUGUGCUGGACAAGUCAUAUUUAGUGUCCAAAACAAUGUCAGGAGAGAAUACAGAAACAAGCCAGUCUCAAUCACCACUGUCUUCAUUUGCAGCCCAAAGCCUAUUUGAUUCAAAACUAUCAUCGUAUGCUGAUUCAAAUGUGCUAUCUAUGACCGCGGCUCCAACUCCCAUCCCAAUAACUAAUAGACCAAAGACCAAAAAAACAGUCGCUGCUGGUGCAAUGAAAACUGCUGAUCUUGGACAAAAUAUCAACAAGUUUUCCAACUGGACUCAGCGACAGCAAGCUGUAGAACAACCAUCCGUUGUGACGGAUGUUCAAAACACAAUGUCUUUUAAGCCCAAAGAUGACAUUUUAGACAUGUUUUCCAAGGAUCCAGGGCAUGCGAUUUUAGGAACUCGUAUUGAUGAUGAUCCGCGACCCAAGCAUGCGGAUACAGCUGGUAUGACGGAUCUACAGGUGCAGGAUUUCAUUAGUCGGCGUUGUCAAAUUAUUGCCAAUAAAGAGCUACCUGCAGCAUCUACUUUACCAAGAGGACGUGCUGUUGCGUUACCACAACUGCCACAAGAAUCAAUCUCUACUGAAUCCUCAGUGCAGCUAAAAUCCGAGUUACAAUCGCCCAAGAUUUUACUUCAGACUCAAACAGCCAAAGUGAUUUGUGUUGAAUCGACAGCAUUUGCUGAUCCAAAGCUUUUAGAGUCGCCUGCAGUAACACCUUUGACGCCUCGAGCCGCGUUUUCUGCAAUAUCCGAUCCAUCCAAACCGCCUUUACAACCUUUUUCAAAAUCAGAUAUACCAUCACCUGAUGAUUCCAAGUAUCCAUUAGACUCUUCGGCUUCUCAAGUAGUAAAUCUUCAGCUGCUUCCACCAACCAGACCAGGAUGGUCCGAAAUAGAACGCCCUAUAGAAACCUCGCCUUUGUCAAUUUUUAAUUCAAAAUCCGACCAAAUAGAAUCCCCACUGCAAAACUCUUCAAAUACUACAUCGUCUGCUUGUGUAGACAGUUUGAAAGAUCUUUCUGCUGAGAGUGACGAUAAACUCCAUGCGAUUCAGCCUAUUAGUCCAACCCUCAUAAACGGAUCUUCAAAUUCCAUGAAUGCUCAAUCUUUAUCACCCAUAUCACCUGUAGUGAAUAUGCAAAAAAUGCCAUCUUUAACGGUCGAAAACUAUUUUCUACGACUGCCAAAAGAAGGCGUUCUUCGAUGUCGACUGACACGUAAAAAGAAUCUACUAGACAAAGCCAACCCAACUUACUUGUUAUACAACGAACUAGAAGACAAGUUUAUGCUUAGUGGGAAAAAAAAGUUGAUAUCCAAAUCUGUGCAUUAUAUUAUUUCUGAUAGCUCAGAAGACAUUAGUAAAGACUCGCCACACUAUCUCGCUAAACUCAAGGGAAAUUUUAAAAGAAAUAGUUUUAUUAUGACAGACACACGCAGUGCCAUCAAACAGCGUGAACUGACUUGUGUCAACUAUAGUAAAAAUGUGCUUCCUCGCGAGCUUCAAGUAGUUAUCCCUGCACCUAUCAUUGAUGAAAGUGCAGAGUCUGGAUUUUCAACAGAUAUUAUGGUGGAUGUUAAAUCCAAAAACACCAACAAACUCUUGUUUCUUAAAAACAAACCUCCAAGAUGGAACGAGCAAACUCAAUCCCACUGCCUUAAUUUUGGUGGUCGGGUAACUCAGCCGUCUAUAAAGAAUAUGCAGCUUAUUGCAGAAAAUGAUGAAAAUCAUAUCGUACUUCAGUUUGGUAGAUGUGGACCCGAUCUGUUUACUCUGGAUGUUCGAUGGCCAAUGACACCCAUUGAAGCAUUUUCUAUUGCUCUCACGACUUUUGAGGCUUAUGAUAGCACUUGA